AUGUACCCAGAAUCCAAACUCCAUGCAAAUGAAAACUCAGUUGCACUGAAAAAGCACACGGAAAAGUACAUGUCAGUUGGCCUAAGAACAGCAUUUAGCCCUCCCUACAGCCAUGGCAUACCUGAACGCACAACAGAAUACGGCUUCGCGGGUGCAUAUAUCCAUCUGCACACACUGCACAUCCACCUCCGAGAGCUCAGCGAGUCCUCUCAGGGCUGUGGGGGAGAUGGAGUUGAUAUAACCAGGCUCAGCUGGGGCUCAGGCCUCAGACUCUGGAAGGUGUGGGUGAACGAAGGGACUCUUCUGGGGUGUCUGGAGUCCUCUUUGCGGGAUCGAUCCAGAGAUGGAAAGCCUUGGAGACCUCUGCCCAUCAUCAGCGUUGCCUGCGAGAGCAAGAAGAAAGCUCCUGCUUCAGCGCAGCACCUGGUUCUGCUCUCGGGCUCUGGCGUCGAUCCACUUCGGGAAAACGAAGCCCGCACUUUGGGGCUUAUUAACUUCUACGGCUCAGGAGACGUUGCCAAAGCCAUGAGCGGACUACCCUCGACUCAUCUCGCAUGUCCAACCCUUGCACGUCCCACGGGAUCCCAGCUGGUGCUGGCACUUGCUGUAGGAGGACCGUCGCCGGGAGGGCGGUCACGGCCCGGUGGGGCCACCGCAGGAAAGAGACCCGACCCCACCUCGCCGAAGGAGAAGCCCAAGCAAUAUUGCUCGUGUCCAAAGGCAGAACCAGAAGGGGAACGCGACCUGGCUUAAAAUCCCAUCUACAGCCAAGCACACCCGUUUCUAAACAGCGCGACCUGGACCCGAUGCUCACAGCCACCUGAAAGGAUGCAAAAUUCUCUGUCUAAACCCUGCAGUCUCUGAGCAAUAUCUAUUUUUUUAAUUUAGAGCAAAAAAGCAGCUGUUACUGUCACUGCGGCUUCGCUGCUGCAAAUAAUUGCCUUUAUGCAUGGAUUACAUAUAUUGUUGUUACCUACAGGACUCGAAAACACUUUUCCUUGAGGGCUUAUAUUUCCUGAGCUGUCAAUCCAGCACCUUUCACCAGUGCUAAAAUCAUUUACAAGGAAGAAAAAAAAAGGCUUUCAAAAAUAAAUAAUCAAGCCACAUUAAAUAACCAUUUGGGAGACCAUCAGCGUCCCAGACUCGCUUGGCUGAACUUGAUAUUAAUUAUGCUAAAUCCAAAAGCAGCACCUUCCCCAGGAGUCUGCUGGAAAGCUCUCGCUGUUCCCCCCGUGGCGGCAGCUUCCCAGGGCUUUGCCUAAUUGGGGGUUAUAAUCUUUAGCAGCUGCCAGAUCCGCUCGGCUUGUUCCCUCACCUUCAGCAGAGAUGCCGACGCAGUGGUCGGCGGCGGAGCGCGGUCGCUCUGCUCCUGCCAUCGCUCCUUGGAGGAGCAGCCGGCGAUGAAGGGCGCGGGCUGCUCCAGAGCCGCGCUGGCGGCUGCCACCGGCGAGCCGGGGCUGAGAGGCCGCUCGCCGAAAAUCCAACUCCAGAUUGGAGUUGGCCGGAUGGUUUUGGCACCGGCUUUGUUGUAUAAUCGGGCGUCUCUUAAAAAGAAAAAAAAAGAAAAAGAAAGGAAAGAGCUUGUGGGAACGUGUCAGCGCGCUGGCUGGGGCGGAUGAUGGAUCCCCGGGGAAGUUUAGUCUGCGGUGCUCCCCAGCUGACCGCUGCCCGUUUCGGUGGGCUCCCAGCACCGAGUCUCCUGCAGACGCGGGGCUCGGGGUCGCCGUGGGUGGAGCAUCGCCAAAGCUGCCUUAGCCGGGAAAAGGUCUGUCCCGGGAAUUCAGCGCCGCGGCACUUCUCAGCCCGGCCUGGCCAGGAGACGCGAUCGCCCGGAGGGCAGGGGUGCGCGGGGCCGGUGCCGGCCGGGAGAGCCGAAAUCGCCCCCGUCCCGCGCUCCCCGACACCUGCGCGCUUCGGCGAGGGGCCGCGGCGGAGCCCGAGCUUGGGGGUCCCUCCUCCAGCGGGGACCAGCUGCCUCUUCCCGGGGUUUUGCAGCCGUUUCCCGCGCCAGCGGGCGAUGCCGGGCGCCCGGACACCCACCGCCGCCGGCGGACGCAGCGGCCUCGGCGUCUGCGGAGCUGAGCACUGCUCUGGAGCCACCUAGUGACACCGCGCGCCUUGGUCCUUCCCCGCGCGGGGUGGUGGGCAUCCCGCGCCCCCGGGCCACCUCCGCCACCGGCUGCGCCCCCCAACCAGCCCGGCACGCUCGGCGUAGGGAGAAAUCGGUUAUCCCGCCAGGCAGAGUCCAAGUCUGGGAUUUUGUCUCCUCCCCAGCGCCCUGCUCCGCGUUGCCGUUUGGUUGCACGUCGCUGACCUCGCCUGAACAUCCGUGUUUUCUUUCUGGGAUGCGAGGCAAGGCCAGCGCUCUGCCUUGCCCUUCGCAGUGUGUUCCCCCCGGGAGCCCUGUUCUGCACGGCAUGUGUUACCAAUUAGGCCCGUUUGUUCAGCCUACGUCUGGUUUUGCUUUUGUCUCCUGGCAAAAAAAAUAAUAAUAAUAAUAAUAACAAUAGCAAUAAUAAUGAAAAGGCAGGAUCCCAACGUCGGAGACCUGAGCUGCAGCCACUUCUCGCUUGGAACAGGGAACUUGACCAAAGAGAAACCCGAGGUGCGAUUCGUGACCUUGCCGGCGCUGGGGUUUCUCCCUGACGUUACACUUCAGAAACAGCAGAACGGCUGCGCUGGAUCAGCCCCGCGGCCUGGCUAAUCCGGCGUCCUUUCUCCAGGAAAGGCCACAGGCAGAUGCCAAGGGAAGCAGCUGAGAACAGGGCAAACGUGCGGUGCAAAGAGAGUGGAUGGGAGCCUGAAAUAACCAGGGGAGCCACGGUGCGCUCGCUCAGGCGAAGGGCUUUGGUGGGUCCUCAGAAGUCACUGUCCUCACCAGAUGGGCUUGUUGGGUUCAGGUUUCUUCAUCGUCCUUUGUUUUUCCACUCAAAACCCCGCAGCAUCCUCCAUGUGCCCAAGCCGGAGGACAGAAAAUAAAAUGCUAACAGGAGCGUUUUAGAAAUACGCUCCGUGUGCAAGGCUGGCCCAGCAACCCGUGGUCAGCGCCUGCUUAGGGCGUGUGAACACGGCGCCUGCGGUGUACAGGACUCCCGGCACGAUGCAGUGGGCUGCUUUUUUUUUUUUUAAUAUAUAUAUUUGAACACGCGUCCUGUCCCGCGCUUCGCCGCCCGCUCGCGAUGCCGCCGCUAUUCCUGCCCGCGGCUCCCCCGGGAUCCUUUUCCCAGCCGCCCCCGAGGAGGCGGCAGCCGCACCCAUGGCAAUUUUUAGCCUCCUUCCCUACGGAAAUGAGUCUUACGGCUGUCAAUCUGUCAGCCCGUCUGCUUCUCCUCCCUACCGGUAACCUCUGAAUCGCUGGCCAGUUUUAACCAAAUUUGACAGCAAGGCUAAGGUUUCAGAGUUAUGGAUUUCCUUCACCAUUUGCAGAGCUGGAGGAAGAAGGUGAAGAUGUAUUUGGGUCCCCCGAAGGGAAAAGUAGCCAGCUCAGCCCUGUAUUAGACAUCAGGGAAUCCACACCCGAGCCAGCACGCGGAUGCCAGGCGUCGCCAGCUGUGUGAGGGCUUGUUUUGCUCCCUUGCUCCCGGGCGAGAUCGAACGCCCGCCGGGUUCGGUCGAAGCCCAGGAGCCGGCAGGUCGGCUGGAGGCGGCAGGCAGGGAAUGACUAACACGGGCUGGAAACGGCCGCACCGUCCUCCGGCCGGGAAGCCGGGAAGCCGGCCCGGCCCUGCCGGGACACCCCGGGACACUGAGUGUGCCCUGGCCACCGCCGUCCCCCAGGGCAGCAGCUCGGGGGGGUUCAGUGUGGAUGGGCCGUUGAUGAACAGCUGGAUGAGCUGGGUUUCAGCAUGGAUGCACAGCUGGAAACCAGCCGGGGAGCCAGGUCGGCACGGGGUUCCUGCUGGGAAAAGCUGCUCCGUCCCCUGCCUGGGCGUAUCAUUGCUUUCCCGGUAUCAUUUAGCCUUUGCCAGGCUCCCAUUCUUGCACUUACACCCUGCCACGGUUGUGGCGUGUCACCUGCGUCACUCGCCUCGUGCCAGGUGUCAGCGUUUGUCCCCGACGCAUUCGGUCAGUGCUGGCUUUGCCCUGCCAAUAUUCCCUGAGCAAACAGACCGCGACUUGCCUAAACACGAACCUCCCCUUGAGCAGCCGUCUCUGGCAUCGGUGCCCCGUUUCUUCCCGUCUUGCCAAGCAAAUUGUUUAUUUUACCUGAGUUUUUGUCUCUCUCUGGUUUUCAAGGGUGCACGGUUGAAAGUGGUGGUAUCACAGCACUCAAACGACUGUAGUGAGGAGCCCUCAGCUCCUCCGGCUCUGCAAAUAAACGUCUCCGCUUUUCCCUGGGUGUCUCUGGGCGCCCGAGGCACGUGGCCCGUGCAGACAGCCCGGCCGGACCUCCGGCCCUGCAAACGCGCACCGGCUCCUCGCUGUCGGGAAAGCUGCCCUUGCACCGGGUGAAAUCUCGCUGCCUGUUCCUAAUAAAGCCGUGUGCAGCUGGAGCCUUUGCAGCCCGCGGUACAUUUGUGCUGCAACUUGGCUUUCUUGCGGGGAGAGGACCGAGCGAUCAAUCAUUUCCCCGUAGGAGCUGGCGAGGGGGAAGGUGGCGGGGCCUGUUCUGCUUGUUUCGUUAGGGGAACGAAAAAGGUGCUGUGCCUUGUGCGGAACGAGCUCGCCGCCCUCCAAACGCUUGGGCCGGCCUUCGGCUUGCCAGCGCGGUACAGCACAGCGAUGGAGAAAACCGCGUCUGCCGGCGGAAAGAAAAGAGCAGGCAGCCUGUCCCCGCGGAGGACGGAGGCAGUGACAUCAGGCACCUCCGGGCAGACGUGUGCCAGGCGAAGGAAGGGCCUUAUCUCGCAGCCGGCCCCGGCGGGGCCGCGGGAGCGGGCUCUGACUCACGAGGGCUGUGCUGGGAAUCUUUGCCGGCAGCGCCGGGAACGCACGCUGUUUUCGCGGCACCUAGCAACGUGGCGAGCGUGCCAGAGCGGCUCCCGCUGAAACCACCGUAAAGCUCAAGCCGCUUUUCCUGGACCGUCUGGAGGUGAUGUGUAAAGCGCUCCGAACUCUGGGUUUGUCCACAUAUGGAAUGAAUGACUCCGGAAUAGCGGCUCAGGAGCGGAGCGUCCCGAACAAUGGUAUGUGCGGACACGGUUGUUCCAGGAUGUGCGAGCACCGUUCCAGCUUACGUUCAUCCGUUUAACUCUAUCCGAGCAGGCGUCGCUGCUGCUCGGACAAAGCGGCAUCCAUCUCCCACGCGAAAGCGAGCGAGCCUCGUGCCCCGUCGUCGCUGCGGUUAACUUGCAGGUGCAGACAAGCCCUCGGGCUUGCAUAAACUCAUCCAGCGCCAGGCUCCGUCACGCUGCUUUUGCCGAUAACAAAUCUUAGAGCAGAAGCGAGGCAAAUUGUUGUCGUGUUCAGAAUAAACCUGUUAGGCCUGCAUAGUUUUUUUUCUUGACCAAUUAAGGAGUUAAGGCUUCAAAGGA